AGGCGAAGAAGCACCAUUUCCUCGCCUCCGCUUCGUGUUGCGGUGCGUUGCGUCGCGUGGCAUCCAUCGUCUCCUCUUUCUUCCUCCUUCCUCCGCUCCCAUCUCCCCGUCUCCGCCUCUCCUCGGUCCUCGAUUCGGCCGGGCCGGGCGUUGGAUCGCCUCGUCGCCAUGGCGACCGACGCCGCCGCCGCCGACAAGAGCUCCGUCUUCCGCAAGCUCCGCGCCAAAUCCGACAACAAGAUGUGCUUCGACUGCAACGCCAAGAACCCUACCUGGGCCUCCGUCACCUACGGCGUCUUCCUCUGCAUCGACUGCUCUGCCGUCCACCGCAGCCUUGGCGUCCACGUUUCAUUUGUCAGAUCAACAAAUUUGGAUUCUUGGACCCCAGAACAAUUGAAAAUGAUGGUUUACGGUGGAAACAACCGUGCACAAGCUUUCUUUAAGCAGCAUGGUUGGACUGAUGGUGGAAAGAUUGAAGCAAAGUACACUUCAAGAGCUGCUGACUUAUACCGGCAGUUGCUUACUAAAGAGGUUGCUAAAAGUUCUACCGAAGAUGGCAACAAUAGUUGGCCGUCCUCCCCGGUGGCAGCUUUUCAGACUUCAACCCAAGCUGCUCCAUUUCCAGAUCUCAAACUGGCAGAGGCAUCGAAAGAAGUUGUAAAUGAGAAGAAUGAGUCUGAAGUUAAUCGUUCACCAAAAGCUCCUACCCAUUCAUUCAAGAAGCCAAUUGGUGCAAAGAAGCCUGGAAGUAAGACUGGUGGACUUGGUGCACGCAAGCUUACAUCAAAGCCAAGUGAAAACCUAUAUGAGCAGAAACCUGAAGAGCCAGCUCCUGCCCUGCCAUUAGUGACUGAGAGCACUACAGCUAGGAGCAAAUCUCGUACUUCCCGAUUUGAAUAUGUAGAAAAUGUACCUUCUGCUGGGAGCAGCUGUGAGGGAAACAAGGCUUUUGGACAUGUUGCACCCCCAAAGUCUUCCAACUUCUUCGGUGAAUUUGGAAUGGACAGUGGAUAUCACAAGAAAUCUACCUCUAGUUCAUCCAAAGUGCAGGUUGAGGAAAGUAACGAAGCAAGACAAAAGUUCUCAAAUGCAAAGUCGAUUUCAUCAUCUCAGUUUUUCGGUGAUCAGGCCAAUCUGGAAAAGGAGGGUCAACUCUCGCUCCAAAAGUUUUCUGGAUCAUCUGCCAUUUCAAGUGCUGAUCUAUUUGGCCAACAACCGAAUAAUUCAAAUCUUGAUCUGAAUGCUUCAGAUUUGAUCAACCGAAUCUCCUUCCAGGCCACUCAGGACUUGACCUCUCUGAAGAGCAUGGCUGGGGAGACUGGGAAGAAGCUGACAUCUAUGGCAUCCAACAUCAUGUCUGAUCUUCAAGACCGGAUCCUUUGAGCUUAAUUUACAGUCAAGAAUCCCAUUACAUGAUAACAAAUUGGUCAUGGCUUGCAUGCCUGGCAGAUCCGUGUAGGAGUCCAUAGGUGUCCUAAAAACUUAAGAACUCGAUAUAGUCGUCGUGAGAGAAAGGACUGAGGUUUUAUCGUGAAUGCUGUACUGGCUAAAGUCAUGCUAGCAUUCCGACCUGUGACAGAAAAGGUUUUGUCCCAAGAGUCAAGUUCUGUUUCUGUGGGAAUUUAGAUGGAUGCUACCUAAAAGUGCCCUUUCUUUGUAAUGACCAUUGCGUACCAUAUUAUAGUAUAAUUGCCAGUACAUGUGUUCUAA